AUGGCUUGCAGAGAAAGGAUCGUAAUUCCUCUGCCAAUUCCAAGUAAACUGCAAGAUAUGAUGUACGCUUUUCGUGAAUCCAAAGUGCUAUUUGCGGCAUGUGAUAUGGGUGUCUUCGAUAUCUUGCAAGAUUCCGAUGCCCCGCAGUCAGUUGAAGACAUUUCUUCAAAGAUAGGAUCUAACGUUGAUGCAACAGAGUGCCUAAUGAACACUUUGGUUGCAGUGGAAUUGCUAGAAAAGAAAAAGCGAGAUGGAUCGUGGCUGUAUUCCAAUAGCGUAAUAGCAAGGCAGUUCCUUACCAAAUCAAGUCCAGAUUCCCUCAUUGACUAUAUAAAGCACUCGAAUAAAGUGAUAUAUCCCCUCUUCAGUAACUUGGAGAAUGCAAUUCGCGAAGGAUCGAAUCAGUGGAUGAGAACCUUUGGCCAUUCUAAAGAAGAUGUCUGGAAAGACGAGUACAGCACGGAGGGUUCCUGUUUACAGUUUCUCUCCGCCAUGCAUGGCACGUCGCGACGUUUCUGUCACGCUGUGGCGACAGCAUUUGACUUAAGCAAGUUGCAAAGCUGUUGUGAUUUAGGAGGUGGGCCAGGAACAAUGGCAUACACUUUAUGUCAGUACUACCCAAACAUGAAGAUCACAGUGUGCGACCUGCAGUCUGUUGUGGACUCUGCACGUCAUUUUCGUCCCUCGUUAGAAGAUUGCCCUAAUCAAGGAAACAUAUCUUAUGUAGUCGGGAAUUUCUUCCAAGAAGAUCUACCAAAGGCUGAGUUGUACAUUUUGUCCCGCAUUCUUCAUGAUUGGUCCGACGAGAAGGCUGACCUAAUACUUUCAAAUGUUUUUGAGUGUUUGCCUUCAGGCGGCCGUGUCCUUAUUGCUGAAAGGUUCCUGGAUGAAGACAAAAUUGGGCCUAAAAGUACUCUUUUAACUUCUCUAAAUAUGCUUGUGCAAGUGGAUGGCAAGGAACGAACACGAGAUGAAUACAGAAAGCUUUUAGAAAAGCAGGGAUUUGUCGAUAUUCAGGCAAAACAGCUUGACUCCUCUGAAGGGUCAGAUGCUAUUUUAUGUCGGAAGGCUUGA